GUGGCACCUGCGUUGUUAACCCCACCGACCUGUUCUGCUCUGUUCCUGGUCGUUUAUCUCUACUCAGCUCCACUUCGAAGUACAAAGUGACCAUUGCAGAGGUGAAGAGGCGCCUUUCACCACCAGAAUGCCUCAAUGCUUCCCUCUUAGGAGGUAUUUUGAGAAGAGCAAAAUCCAAGAAUGGAGGACGCUGCUUGCGAGAAAAAUUAGACAGACUGGGACUGAAUUUGCCUGCAGGAAGAAGAAAAGCAGCAAAUGUCACACUCUUGACUUCUUUGGUAGAAGGGGAAGCACUACAUUUGGCCAGAGAUUUCGGCUACACCUGCGAAACAGAGUUCCCUGCCAAGGCAGUAGGAGAGCACAUUGCCAGACAGCACAUGGAACAGAAAGAGCAGACAGCGAGGAAAAAGAUGAUCCUAGCGACAAAACAAAUAUGUAAAGAAUUCCAAGACCUUCUAAGUCAAGACAGAUCACCCCUCGGAUCCUCCAGACCUACUCCAAUAUUAGACCUCGACAUCCAGAGACAUUUAACACAUUUCAGUUUGAUCACUCAUGGCUUUGGAACUCCUGCAAUAUGUGCUGCCCUAAGCACUUUCCAAACUGUUCUCAGUGAAAUGCUGAACUACUUGGAAAAGCACACAUCGCACAAAAACGGAGGAGCGGCGGAAUCCGGCCAAGGACACGCCAACUCUGAGAAAGCCCCCCUGCGGAAAACUUCAGAGGCUGCUGUGAAAGAGGGCAAAACAGAAAAGACAGACUAG